AUGAGGGAGACUGGUGGCGAUGAAGCGACUGGUGAUGGUGGCGGCAUAGAACCGCGUGAUUUCACGGAACUUUUUGAACCGCGUCUUCAUCCAAAUGAUGAAGUUUGGAUAUGUUUGCGUGACCGUAUACGAGAACCGGUCUGGGAACCAACAUUUAUCAAUAUUUCAGUAUUUAUCAAUCCCAAUUUCGUAUAUUCGGGCAGUAGUAAUAGCAUUUUUGGACUGGAUGAAGAGAUGCGAGAGCAAAACCACGCAAGCAGCGCAAACAUCAAUGGAUACAGCGCAAACAAUAUUGGUGGAAACGGAAGCAGAAGUAGCAGUACAACAUUAACUGGUGGUAAGUACUGA